GGAAGUUUACAGUGCGCUGACGGACUUUUGCAGAGUUCAGUGUUGUGCGCUCUCGGUGCGUCACACGCUCAAAACCCUCCACUGGAAGCGCACGACUCCGGACUCCCUCUCUCCAUGCAAAUACAACCAAGACUCCAGCGACUCUCUAAACACAACUGGCUGCGUUUCCUCUGCAAAGCUCGAAUCCGCUUCUACUUGUGGCUUGCUGCACCUCAGGACUGAAAUGGAUGUCAUCCCUAUGUGUAGCAUCUUCCAGGAGCUCCAGAUUGUGCACGACACCGGAUACUUUUCAGCUUUACCAUCUCUGGAAGAGUACUGGCAGCAGACAUGCCUCGAGCUGGAGAGGUACCUCCAGAGCGAGCCCUACGUCUCCGCCACCACCGACCUCAAGUUCGAGAGCCAGGAGGACCUGUGGAGCAAGCUGAUGCUCGCCUGCGGGGACAAGUCGUCGCCUGAGCAGGACCCUAAGAUCCCCCGCAUCAAGGACGAGGAGGACAAUCAGGACAUCCGGCACCUGGACGCCGGCGGCUUCAACUCGGACGCCAGCAGCGAGGCGUCCGACAGCUCCGAGGAGCUCUCCCCGACCCUCGACUUCCCCGCCGGCUCGUUGACUGACAUUCUGGGCGACGGCGGUGGCGGCGGCGGCGGCAGCGGCGAGGACCUGGGCUCGGCCAUCGGCAGCACGCCGCCGUCCUCGCCCGAGCUGGGCAAGGAGGGCUCGGGCUCGGCCCAGGCGUGGAGCGGGAUACAGACUGUGCUGCACUCGCCGGGGAAAAUAAGGACUGGGGGAUCGACGGGGGAGAGGUCGGGGCUGACCAGCGGCGAGGCGUCUCCGGACGGCAGGCGGCGGGUGCACAGGUGUCAGUUCAACGGAUGCAGGAAGGUGUACACCAAAAGCUCCCACCUCAAGGCACACCAGCGCACGCACACAGGUGAGAAGCCCUACAGGUGUUCAUGGGAGGGCUGCGAGUGGCGCUUUGCACGGAGCGACGAGCUCACCAGACACUUCAGGAAGCACACCGGAGCAAAGCCAUUCAAAUGCAGUCACUGCGACAGGUGUUUUUCCCGUUCUGACCACCUGGCACUUCACAUGAAGAGGCACAUCUAAGAUGGCCUCGGUGUUCAGAGCUCUGAGGGGAUGAUUCUGGUUGAUUGUCCUGACCUGUAGGGGAUCAGCGGAGGCCGGUGUGUCCUGGGAGCGUUCACAGGGGCACGGCCGUGUUCCAGUCAGUGGAAAAAGAUGAAGCGACGCAGGCUAUUAUUUGCACCAUACUUAGUGCCUCCAACACCUUGCUGUGGAGAUUGCUCUUGAAAAGGUUUUUUUUGAACGGAGGAGGAGAGAGAGAGACUUGGAAAAAAUCUGGGCUGGAGACGAUGGAAAGAGACUCUUCUGUAUGGUGUUCAAUGCUUUUUUCCAGGAGGAUUUACGGGGACUCCUGCAGGGGUGCCCUUCCCCUCCAAUGACAGUGUGUAUGCCUGAGCGCAUGGGGACUGUGAGUGCCUGCGACUGGAUGCCUGUGCUGGCUUUAUGGAGUGGAUGGAGCUUGCAUUGUGGAACUGUGCGAGUGAAUGACACAUAGAGAGGAUGAUGUUUUUGGGCGGCGGCGGGCGGGGGUAAACGUGAUGUGGUCUCACUGAGAAUGAAUGCAAGCAACAACAACAACAACAAAAAAAAAUCGGGGGAUGAUGUGUUUGUGCUGUUUGAGUCUGUUAGGCUGUGGAGUUGGGGCGAGAAAAGGUGGGGUUGUUUUUUGCGGGGCCUGGUUUUGCUAGAGAGAGCGCCCCCUUUCUGCGCGGAGGAGGAACUGCAGCUCCACGUUCAAACAUGAGAGGUCGUUUUGUUUAGUGCAGCUAUUAAAUGUGCAAUGUAUUAUGUAGCCUGUCUCAAAAAACAUACACGCUAUACAAAAAAAAAAAAAAGCUCAUUUUGUUGUCCAUUGUGUAAGCUCUGUAUCUUUAAAAAAAAAAAGACAAAAAAAAAAAACAAUGGUUGUUCACAAACAAGUUAUCGCCAUUUUAACAGAAGUUGCAUGGGAUCCCGGGGGGGGAAUGUGUCGCUCACCUCUUUGCUUAUAGGACAACAAAAUUCCAUUCGAGAGCAGCUACUUUUCAUGUUACUCAAUAUCAUAGUAUUGUACAAAAACACAUAAGGCAGUCAUUUGUUUUUUUCAAAUUUUCCUGAUAAGUUGGGGGAUACCACUGUUGCUUGGCGACUGUCUUGAUCACGGGGAUUUUUUUUCUUUUUUAUCCGUCACUUUUUUGCUCUUUUCUCUAGUUUCUAUCUGUAAAUGCACUGUUAACCUUACUGAUGCCUUAUGUAAGUGGCCUUGUCCUGUUUAAUAGAUCCUUCUCUCACACACAGAAACACACCAAACGGGGGGGGGGGGGGGGCUGCAAAUGCACUAGUGCGGUAUAGAAUUGCUUUAUAAAGGCUCUGAUCCAUACAGUCGCACCUUUUUGCCCUUUUCGUCGUCUCGCGACCGACUCCUCUACACUCCCCCCAAAAAAAAAUAAAAGAAAGAAAAAAGUAUCUAUCAGCUUCAUAAUGACUGCCAUCUUUACAUCUUUGUGCAUUUUUUUUUUUGUCGUUGAAUAUAUCAGAACUUUAUCAAAUCCUAUUCUUUAAAAAUGACCCGGGUGUGAGGCAGAAAUGUGGAGCACUUAGUAAUCGUUGUUUUUUUUUUUUGGAAAGAUUUACUACUGUGUAGUAUAAAGAGGUGUGGGGUGCACUUCAGAUGGACUGCAACAUGCCGUCGACGGUACAGAGUCUUGGAAAUAUGUUCUCAAUGAAAUGCGGCACGCUCGGUCCAAUUGGUUGAUUAACUGCAAAACAGAACGUCGUCAGUGCUCUUUGUCGAUGUGUCCAAAAAAGCUUCCAGUUCCAAACAAUAACAACAUUCUCAAUCAUGAGUCGGUUUUCUUUCAUGUCGUGUGUUGUGGUAGGUCUCCGCCCCUCAGGGUGAGUCCCUAUCUUUACUCAGUCCUGGUUUUUUAAACAACCCGUGAUCUGACUAAAGGGUACCAAAAACCGGUCCGACCAGUUCAGCUGAGCCGCGCUGCAGGGCCGAGAGGGUUUUUCUGUCUGUGCCUGCGGGUGAACUGAGAGGACACCUGAUGUAUGUCAGCUUCACUUUUAUGCAUGUUUUUCACUUCAGUUACUGUACAUGACUUCAACACACUCCUCUGUGGGUUGAUAUAACGCUCUAUUCUUUGAUUGGAAUCCUUUCACUCCCAACAUUGGACAUUGGACAAACUCCAGAUCAUUUUUUUUUUUUAAAAACAUUUCUGUAAAGGACAUUUGGUGUGAGUGAUCUUUACUGGACGACGUGUUGUUGAACAGUGAGACACAUGGUUGUGUUGUAUGGGUCUGGCUUUGUUUAAGGGUCAUCAGACUUGUUGCCUGUGACUCGGUAGUUGACCCUCAUGGCAGCCUUGUUGAAGCUCAACAACUGUACAUUUAACCCCCCCGGCCAACAUUGAAGUCCAAAACACUGAGAAAACUUGCAAAGAAAUGUAAAUUGUAAACUUUAAAAAGAGACUUUUGUAAAGGAAGCUUCUAUUUUGAAAGGGUAUGGGACCAAAAACAAGUGCAGUGUGUUUCUAAGGAUGAACCGAUAAAAGACAAAGCGACUGAAGAGUUGUUGUAUAAAAUAAUCACGAUCUCCUUUCGACUUCAUUUGCUUCUGUAACAUCUUUGUCUUUUUUUUUUGUUAUCGGAGAAUGGUUGAGCUAAUAUUCGUUUUUUUAAAAACUGCAUACACACCUGUGGCCUAUCAUCUUUCAAGAAAACAAAAACAACACAAAAAAAAAACGACUUUUCAGACGUGAAUUGUUCUGGACACUUGAAUUGUCUUUUUCUUUUUCCUUUUUUGCAUUCUGGUGCCCGUUAAGUUUUAAGUUUUUUUAUUUUUUUAUUUGCCAUGUUAUUAUUAUUUUUUUUCCGUCAGUUUUUCAAAGACCUGCGAAGACACCCUAUCUUUAGCUAAAGAAUCUUUAUUGGAUAAACACGGAGAUACAAAUAUGAGGCUCUAUUUUUGUUUCUUUUACCUUGCAUAACAAGAUUUUUUCAUUUGAAAUUGUUUUGUAAAAUAGUUUCUGUAUGAAUGUAUUUUUUAUUGGAAAAUGGAUAAAAAAGACUUUAUUGGAUCUA